UGAACUCUCCUCGGCUAAACUACCAGUCUCAACCACCACCAAACAAAAAACUACAAGAUGCCUUGCAAGGGAUGCGGAAACAACUGCCAAUGUUCGGCCGGCAAGUGCGGAGGAAGCUGCUCCGGAAAUAGCCAGUGCCAGUGCGCCUCCAAAACCGGAGCCAAAUGCUGCCAGGCCAAGUGAUUGCCAGUUUUAUACAAAACUUUAGUCUUUAAUAGUUUAUUCUUUCUGAUAGUUGUUACACAAUCCCUGACUGAUCCUUCCCUUCCUAAUGAAGCUAAAUAAAACCCUUAUAAUGUCGUAGUU